AGAGCUGGUUUCGCUUCUUUCCGCUUCAGACAGAGCGGAAUGGAUGGGAAAUAUAAGGGAAAAGAACCAGAAGAUUUGUUCCAAGACUUAUUCAACAAGUGUCAAAAACUCGGAAUCUCUCCCCAGGAGUUCGCUCAGUUACCGGCUGUUAGAAAACUCAGAUCGAAACAAAACAGCUUCCUAAAGAGCAUCUCCGUUUGGCUUUUUUCGGCCUUUAUUUUGGUAUGCGCUUUGGUGCUUUCUUUUGGUUUUGAGCCCAUCGCAGUUGUGUUAGCCAAAAUUUGGUAUCACUUUCGCGACUAUGACAUAGAGAAUGAGUUGUGCGUUUUAAAUAUGCCGCCAGAAAUGCAAAAUAUAUUCAUGCCGCCGGUCGAUUGUUCGAUUUGCAGAAAUCUGUCAGAAGUCGAGAGAGUGAAGAACAUAUCGCCGCAAGAAUUUGAAAGAAGAUUUGCUUAUUCAACCGUACCAGUGAUAGUGACCGAUGGAACGAGGAACUGGACAGCUCUGAAUACUUUCAGCUUCAAUUUUUUCAGAAAUCUUUAUCUGGGAGAUGAGGACGAUAUAUUCUGGGAGACCGAGAGAGAGUGCCAGUUUUUUCCUUAUCAAACAGAAUUCCAAAGCUUAGCGGAAGUCCUGUCGAUGAGCCCAGAAAGAGCCGAAAAGCCGUGGUACAUUGGAUGGAGUAACUGUGAUAGCAAAAUAGGGAAUAUUUUGAGGAAACAUUAUAAACGACCCUAUUUUUUGCCCCCACUCUCUGAAAGUACGAAUAUCGAUUGGAUUUUUAUGGGGAAGCCGGGAUACGGUGCUCACAUGCACAUUGACCACGUGAACAACCCUUCUUGGCAAGCCCAAAUUAAAGGCAGCAAACUGUGGACUCUGGAGCCAGUUCCGGAAUGUUACAAUGAAUGCAGAACCUUGGAAACAAUAGUCAAUCCAGGCGAAGUCAUUGUUCUGGAUACAAACCGUUGGUAUCACAAGACGCUGAUAAUCGGCGAUGAACUCAGUAUUACAAUCGGAUCGGAGUAUGACUGAUUACAGAAAAAUGCUGCGGUUGUUGCGUACAUUUUAUUUCAUUCUAGUCAUAAAACACGUGAUUCCUGAUUAUGGUAGCAAGUUCCGCAAAAGAUGAAUGUUUUAUUUUGUUUGUUUCGUUGCGUGUGUGUUGCGUUUAUUUUUGUAUAUUUAUGUUGAUGCAUUUGCUUGUCAUUUCUAAACUACUACUAGUAAUAAAAUUGA